AUGGUAUUCGACAAAGCCAGAUUCAUCACCAAAGCACUUGCCGUGGUUGGCCCCUACUUGGGACGUGCUGCCAUCCGUCGAGUUGCUGCCUACGGUCAUAGCUGGACAUGGAGAAACACACCAGACGCGAAGAGUAUUAUCGUGUUGGGAGGAUCAUUUCCAGGCACCGAGCUCACGUUGCCAACCGGUUACAAAGUCGUGUGGAUUGAGAAGCACUCGCACUUCAACUACAUCUUCAAUUUCCCACGAUACUCUGUCUUGAAGGGACACGAGCAGAGGGCUUUCAUUCCAUAUAAUUUCAUUGCAAAGGGUGCUCCUUUGGAUACCCUCACUCGUAUCCAAGACGAGGCUAUCGCCAUGACAGAUUCUCAGGUCUUGCUGGCAUCUGGCGAGAGGAUAGACUACGCAUGUCUCGCUUUUGCCACGGGGUCAACGCAGCCAUUGCCUGCAAAUUUAUCAUGCAAUAAACGCAGUGAAGCUUGUCGAGAGCUCCAGGGCAAGCAGCAGACUAUUGAGAAGAGUCGGAGGAUUGCUGUUGUUGGCGGUGGUGCUGUGGGUGUCCAGCUUGCAAGCGAUAUCAAAGACUUCUUUACUACCAAAGAAGUGACACUGGUCCAUUCUCGUGGUCAACUUCUGAAUCGCUUUGGCAGCCGACUUCAGGACUACGUCUUAACUACACUGCGUGAUGAGCUCAAAGUACGCGUCUUGCUGAAUGAGCGGCUGAAACUGCCCACAGGAGGAAACUUUACCCGAUCAACUUGCCUAACAUUCUCUGAUGGGUCUAAGAAGAAGUUCGACCUGGUUGUGAGUCUUUCAUUUUGA